AUGCCAUUCAAUAGUGCUCGUUGUGGUUUGUGUGAAAAAGAUCUACGAAAAGAGAAGAAGCGUCACUUGAAAAACACGCCGGAUAUGUUCGAUUACGUCAACGAUUUGUAUCUAAAACUCUACGGAUAUAAUAUUGAUGAUGAGACUGCACUAUGUACAGCUUGUUACAUGAGACACAGCAGAAGCGUUAAAAGUGGUGCAAGUACAGAUGAUUCAAAUAUAGAGAUGGACACUGAAACGAGAGAAAAUGAAACUGUAACUAUUUCUUCCGUCGGAUUGCAAGCCACUUCGUCCAGUUCAGAUGCCAAAACAACGGAAUGCUCUCUUUUAACUGAAGACACAAUUAAGUUGCCGAUUGCAUUUCCUGGUUUCUCAAAGAAAUAUUGUUUGGUAUGCCAUCAAACUUUGGAUGACGGAACACCUUCUACAAAAAUGAGUGACGAAAUUCGAAUCAAUACAUUUAUUUAUCACUCGGUUUAUUUUAAAGACGGCUCACGCUCCUGUCUUCGCCAUAUCGAAGGCGAUCACUUAAAUGAAGCAGCUGUCAAAAUCCUUCAAAAAUAUCAUUCUGCCACGGCUGAAAAUACUGCAAACGGCGAACAUAUCUCUCUCUUAAUCAAAGAACUUCAAUCACAUUUGGAACAGAUAAAACCACAGUCUUUGUUUAAACCACGUACUAUUUUGAAUUUUGAUGCCGCCUUUCUCUAUAGUGAUGAAGACUAUGGCUGUUUAACUGGUAUCGAUAAAGAACAAUUUAAUAGUUUAACCGAAAUCGUACGAAUGAGAAACACGGAAAAUCGAUCGAUUCGAAUGGCAAUUGGCUGUCUGCUUACAAAAUUGAGAACCGGACUAAGUAAUCAAGUGUUGGCAACACUUUUUGCAUAUAGCGAUAGACGCGUCGUUGGCAAAAUUAAUCAUAGUGCAUACGAUGCCUUGCUACGCGAUUUUGUGCCUCAAUACUUAGGCUUUCAUCAUAUAACCAGAGAAGAAAUUUUGAAAAAACACACUACUCCACUAGCUAGUGCUUUGUUAACCGAUGGUGACGGAGUGGUAAUUAUUCUCGAUGAAACGUAUAUUUAUACCGAAAAGCCAGGUAAUAAUAUCUUGCAAAGACGUCUCUUCUCGUUGCACAAAGGUCGUAGUCUUAUCAAACCGAUGAUUAUUGUAGCAUCGGAUGGCUACAUAAUCAGUUCUAUUGGCAGCUAUUUGGCUGAUUAUUAG